GCUCGGCUGCUGCCUUGUAUUUUUCUCUCUUAUGUACGUCAUCAGUAGGAGAAUUUUUGUUUUCUCGGAAUGCUUCCGUCAUGACCACUCUUCCUGUCUAAGCGAGCGCGAGUCCGCACUUCGCUGGGGAGGGAAGGUUGACGUUCAAAAUCCCUUCCUGGAGCGAAUGCAUCGCGCUCGCUGGGAAAUGAGUUCGGGCUUGACCUGGUACGUCCAUAAGUGUCGUCAUUCCUUUGUCGAUGCAAAAUAUGCGAUCUUCGACAACUGCGAUCUGGCGGGCUACUGGUGGUAUAGCGUAGCGGAAUUGUUGACGAUGGUUAGAAAGGAUCUAACACAUGUCGUAGAUGACUACCGUUUGUGGUUUCACUCGUCAAGAAGUCGCCUGACGUUGGCUUUGGAGUCUCUGUCCCGGCUGUCCAGAGAACACAGGGCGUGCGAAAAGUGUGACCUACUAGAUUCUAGCAAUAACAUCCGAUAUAUGCAGGAUCUGCCACAGACUAGCCGUUGCAGACAUGAUAUUGAUGCCGGCCGAGACUUCGCUCGAUCCCAGGGAUAUUUCGCCAUGUUCAUGGUGCUCAGAAACUGGGGACCGUACUCAGUUCAGGCAAAACUGGCUGCUUCAGUUCUGGCGGGAUUCUUUGCAGGUCUCCCAGUGCUUCCGUGGCAGCCUGCUCGCGACAAGGUAGAUAAAGACCUCAUCCUGGAUAUGCUGAGGGACGAAGAUUUCAGGUAUUGCACAAGAGAUUUGCUACGGGUGCUUCUCCAGCUGCUGGAGCCUUACGGUUGGGGAAGUCCUGACAAGAUAGCUGAUGACAAGCUACGGGUCCAGGAGGCGGCUGCGUCUGCUAUCUGCGCCAUCGCCCUUGCAGCGAGUGAUAUAAAUGCGAUCGUCAACUGUCCUGUGCGGUUGCGCCUGCAUGAAAAGUCAGCGCAUUUUCCCGACAAUUCAGCAAUGAGGGGCUAUGUGGCACGGCUCAGCUAUGCCUUCACGACCAUAUGUCCCGUAGGAUGGCAUCUUGGCACGGAUUGGCCGACGAAAUUUGACGACGCCUUUCGUGGUUGGGUGGCGGACGUAAAGGAGCGCUUGUGCGACGAAAGGACUGUAGAAAUUCUCCUGGCCUGUGCGCAGAACGAGGCGUCCAGCAGCAUCGUGGAGGACUGUAUCAGGACUCUGUCGUGGCUGUGGACUCGUAGGACGAUCUACUGGCACCGCCAUGACAAGAGGAUGAAGGACGACUUCCCUCCGCCUCUUGGCAAAGUAUCUGAGGCAAACCUUCCUGAUCUGCGGUAUCUUCUUUAUUUGUACGUCGACCGACCAGAAUCUCUGUCACCUCUCAUCCGCCUUCAUCUGGCCAAAAUCUUCAUCUCACAGCGGAUCCGAGAAGUUGACAAGGAGGUGUCCGAGCUCCUGCUCCAGUGCCUAAGGUCCUGGAAGUCGGUACCCGGGACGAGAGAGCUGGAUUGGUUCGCUACCGAAACCAUUGAAUCUCUCCGUGAUCUGCUCCAUGAUGCGGUGGAAGACUCUAAAGAGUCUAAACAACAUCUCAAGCGGCAGAUCUGGGAGUCCGCGGGGGCCAUCAGUUGUCUGCGAUGGAUGCUUGAAGUUCAAGCAUCGAUCGUAAAUCGGAUCAAAGGAUGCUCUACGAACGUGGAAGGCUUCGCCGAUCACCUGAGGAGGUUUCUGGGGCGGUAUGGUUCGGGCUUCCGGGCAAUGUGCGGUGAAGAACAUAUUAUUGCGUGCUGGGCAAUGUCGGGUGCAGAACAUAUUACUGGGUGCACAGCUGCUGCUGCAGGACUGCUUGCGGACGCGCUUGAAGUGCCUGAAUCACGUGGGAUUGUGGAUACGAAAUCGGAUGUUGGGGAAGGCCCAGGAGGGGACUCCACCAGGCAAGCAGCUGCUGCAUGUUGCAGAUCAUCAGAGGCUAGAGGAGAACAGCGACAACGGAUAGCCCCGCCACUGAUCUGUGUUCUGCCGGAUGACCCCAGGCAAAACCGGAUGUUCUUCAUGUCAUUCUUCAAGAGGUUGAAUGACAUUCUGUGCGUGAGAGCCGUGGAGAGCGAGAACCCGGACUGGUUUCUACGCCCGGGCAACGAUGCUGUGAAGGCUGGAGCGGCCAGAGAAGGUGGUUUCAACUUAUUUUUACUGCGCAUUACGACUACGCCAUUUAUGUUUUUCUCUCGAAUUUUAUCCACCGUUUGGGAAUCUCUGGGCAAUCCCGCUUGGAUACCAGCCUACGACAUAUUUAAGGACGACAUUACAGCCGGUGCGGCAGAUCUGAGAGACACCAUCGAGGUAUUUGAACGGGCUCUGAACUCUCUGCUGGCGGCCAGGAAUGUGGUCCGGGUCAUUGACCUUGUUUUGCAGACUUACCCUGACCUGGAGGCGAGGCUGGUUACUGUGCUCAUACCUUCCAUGGUCGACCUGCUGACAAAGCCCUUUGCCGGCCUGCCCACUCGGCUGCAGCUUCAGGAGUUGGAGGAAUCUGCAAAUCAAUUCAUGAAGGAACGGAUAAUCAAGGUGUUGACGCUAAUUGUUCCUCGCAUUGCGGAGUUGGCAGGGGACUCAACCGCGCAGGAACUCAAAGACGAUCCAGCGCUGCCGUCGAUGCUCACACUGGAGAAGGCGAAGAAUGAGCUGCUGGUUUGGGCAAGGCAGAACGCCGCAAAUGAUGCCGACGUCCAGCAACUUUUAAAUGUGAUUCAAGAAAACCCUGAGUGUAGUCCUCGCGGGCCAACGAGGCUUGCAGGUGAAUAAGAUCCUCCUGGGAGGUGGAAAGCGUCUCCUGAGGGUGAAGCAGAUCCUGGCCUCAUGCGGGAACAUAGGCCCGAGCAUGAAGCCGACCCUCGUUGCUUGACAGA